AUGAGUCCAAAGAAGGAAAUUACAACUACCUCUUCCAGAAAUCCUAGAAAGUCAACAAAUUCCCAAAAAAAAAAUCGGCUCCCAAAAUUGACAAAGAAUGAGUUGAGCAGUAUGAUGUGUAUCCAAGUAACAAAAGGGGGUCUUCGACUCAAGGAACCAGAGAUUACUUUCCCUUUCACAAUGUGGCUGAAUCAGAAGAAACAGGACACAGUAUCUGAGCAGCCGACAGAGGAUCGGAUAUCCCCCUCGAAGGUUAGUGAAAAUAAUUGUCAGGAAGAAAUUGAGACGAAGAAGAGUAAUGAAUCCUUCAAUUCCUCUGAUGCGAAGAAUUUAACAAGCAGUGGUUACUGUCUCUAG